CAUUUUUCGAUUUGCGAGCAAAUGAGCUCUUCUUCUUCUUCUUCUUUUUCAUUCUCAACCCCACAACCACCCACCACUCCUAUUCUUUAACUUACCUCUCAGACACAUCACUGUCCAUCUCUCUCUCUCUCUCCCUCCCCGUCUCUGAAAUUCUCUCUCCUACUCCACCUUCUGUCUUUAAAACCUCCAAGAUAUCAGUUGCCAUCUUUUUUUUGUACAAAGACAGUGUGUGUGAGAGAGCUAGCCUUCUUCUGUGAAUCUGUAGUUUCUGGAAAGCUUGUUUUGAGAGAGAGAGAGAGAGAGGCUUCUUUGGAUUCGAGUUUUAAUACGUCUAUAUUCUUGUAUAUAUUGGACUUGGAGUGGAGCUCUCGAUUCGUUUGCUUGUAAAGACUUUGUUGGCGAACUGUUCGAUGAAGGACGAGUUAACAAGUUCUUGAUAUAAACCUGGGGCUGAGCUACAGUUUCAUCUGCUCGAGCCGCUGGUUCGGACACACAGAAAGAAAGCUGAAAGACAGGUUUAAAGAGGACAGAGAGGGCAGUGUGUUUCUGUGAGGAAAGGGUUAGAAAAUUUCAGGCUGUUAUAGUUGAGAAGAGAAGGUAUUUUCUUGUUUAUUGGAAGUUUCGGAGGAAAAUCAGAUCGUGGAAGCUUGAAGCAGCUUCAUCAACAAGCUGUUUACAGCUUUCAUCGAACAAAGAUGGAGGUUUCGGAUAAAAGAAAACAGAGGACUUUUGUCUGCAUAUUACCAUAAUUUCCGUUGGGCUAAUUUGGCUUUACCUUCCUUUAUAAGGUAAGAGAGCCCUUAAAAGUGUGUGAACAGAGAGAGGCAGAGGGAGCCUCAAAAGUGAAAACCCCAAGAAUCUUCCACCUAAAUCAAGUCCGUCCGUUUAAUCUUGGGGCAUCACAAGGAACAGACUUUGGUUAAAGAGAAUCGUAGUUGCUAUAUAUCUCUGUUGGGUUUUCAUUAUCUUUGGCUUGGUGGGUUUUCGAAUUUGAGUGGGGAAAAUGGCGAUGGUUGCACAUCAGCACAGAGAGAGUAGCAGUGGUAGCAUCAGCAAGCAUCUUGACGCCGGAAAAUAUGUCCGGUACACCGCCGAGCAGAUUGAGGCUUUGGAAAGGGUCUAUGCAGAGUGUCCCAAGCCCAGUUCUUUGCGGCGCCAGCAAUUGAUUCGGGAAUGUCCUAUCUUGUCUAACAUUGAACCCAGGCAGAUCAAAGUCUGGUUUCAGAAUCGCAGAUGUCGAGAGAAGCAGCGAAAAGAGGCUUCCCGACUUCAGACUGUGAACAGAAAAUUGACUGCGAUGAACAAGCUUUUGAUGGAGGAGAAUGAUCGCCUGCAAAAACAGGUGUCACAGCUUGUAUGCGAAAAUGGGUAUAUGCGGCAACAACUGCAAAGUGCAUCAGCAGCUACAGAUGCAAGCUGUGAGUCUGUGGUGACCACUCCUCAGCAUGCUAUGAGAGAUGCUAAUAACCCUGCUGGACUCCUCUCCAUUGCAGAGCAGACCUUAGCAGAGUUCCUUUCAAAGGCCACAGGAACUGCUGUGGAUUGGGUACAGAUGCCUGGGAUGAAGCCUGGUCCGGAUUCGGUUGGGAUCUUUGCUAUUUCACGUAGUUGCAGUGGAGUGGCAGCUCGAGCCUGCGGUCUUGUUAGUUUAGAGCCUACAAAGAUUGUGGAGAUCCUGAAAGAUCGUCCAUCUUGGUUUCGGGACUGUCGGAGCCUUGAAGUUUUCACAAUGUGUCCUACUGGAAAUGGAGGAACUAUAGAACUUGUAUACACACAGAUAUAUGCUCCAACUACACUUGCUCCUGCACGGGAUUUCUGGACUCUAAGAUACACAACAACUCUAGACAAUGGCAGUCUUGUGGUGUGUGAGAGAUCUCUGUCUGGUUCUGGUGCUGGCCCAAAUGCAGCUGCAUCUUCUCAAUUUGUCAGGGCUGAAAUGCUUCCAAGUGGCUAUUUGAUUCGGCCAUAUGAGGGUGGAGGGUCAAUUAUUCAUAUAGUUGAUCACCUGAAUCUUGAGGCUUGGAGUGUGCCUGAGGUGUUGCGACCACUUUAUGAAUCCUCAAAAGUUGUAGCGCAGAAGAUGACUAUCGCAGCACUGCGCUAUGUCAGACAAAUAGCUCAGGAGACAAGUGGUGAGGUGGUAUAUGGUCUGGGCAGGCAACCAGCUGUUCUGCGAACUUUUAGCCAAAAAUUGAGCAGAGGGUUCAAUGAUGCUAUCAAUGGAUUUAAUGAUGAUGGAUGGUCAUUGAUGAACUCUGAUGGUGCUGAAGAUGUAAUAGUUGCCGUUAAUUCGACCAAAAAUCUGUGCACCACUUCUAAUACACUUUCCUUGCUUGGAGGUAUUCUAUGUGCAAAGGCAUCCAUGCUACUCCAGAAUGUCCCACCGGCAGUGCUGGUUCGGUUUCUAAGGGAGCACCGCUCAGAGUGGGCCGAUUUCAAUGUUGAUGCCUAUUCUGCUGCAACUUUGAAAGCUAGCUCAUAUGCAUACCCAGGAAUGAGACCAACCAGGUUUACUGGAAGCCAAAUCAUAAUGCCACUUGGUCACACAAUUGAACAUGAAGAGAUGCUUGAAGUAAUUCGGCUUGAAGGCCAUUCUCUCGGCCAAGAAGAUGGUUUUAUGUCAAGGGACAUUCAUCUCCUUCAGAUGUGUAGUGGUGUUGAUGAGCACGCUGUGGGAGCCUGCUCUGAACUUGUUUUUGCUCCAAUCGAUGAAAUGUUUCCAGAUGAUGCUCCACUGCUACCCUCGGGUUUCCGCAUCAUUCCAUUGGAUUCAAAAUCAGGUGAUACACAGGAUAUAUUGACUACACAUCGUACCCUGGAUCUGACCUCCAGUCUUGAAGUAGGCCCAGCAACAAACCAUGCUGCUGGAGAGGCGUCCUCGUGUUCUAUAACACGAUCAGUGUUGACUAUUGCUUUCCAGUUCCCUUUUGAGAACAAUCUACAGGAUAAUGUGGCUGUAAUGGCUCGCCAGUAUGUCCGUAGUGUAAUUUCCUCAGUGCAGAGGGUUGCCUUGGCCAUCUCUCCAUCAGGAUUGAGCCCUACUGUUGGACCAAAGCUAUCUCCGGGCUCUCCAGAAGCUCUGACACUAGCUCACUGGAUCUGCCAGAGCUAUAGUAACCAUUUAGGGGCAGAAUUGCUGAGACCUGAUUCUCUGGAAGGUGAAACGGUGUUGAAAAAUCUCUGGCACCAUCAGGAUGCUAUUUUGUGCUGCUCAUUGAAGUCGCUUCCAGUUUUUAUUUUCGCAAACCAGGCUGGGCUGGACAUGCUGGAGACAACUCUAGUGGCUUUACAGGAUAUCACAUUGGAUAAGAUAUUUGAUGAUUCUGGGCACAAGGGAUUAUUUUCAGAAUUUGCAAAGAUAAUGCAACAGGGUUACGCAUACUUGCCUGGUGGAAUCUGCAUGUCAACAAUGGGACGCCACGUCUCAUAUGAACAAGCGAUCGUGUGGAAAGUCCUUGCUCCAGAAGAAAAUACUGUCCAUUGCCUCGCCUUCUCAUUCGUUAACUGGUCUUUUGUGUGAAUGAUGUGUAUUUAUUGUGACCAACACCUGGUUUUCUGCAGUAGAAUAGUGAAAAAGCCCAAAAGAAAGGGAAAAAAGGUGGUGGGAAAUGAAGGAAAAUGGAAAUUUUGUAAUAUUUAAACCCAGCUAAGUUUGCAUUGUCUUACUUUAAUUCAAAAUCUGUCGGGUGCUAUCAAAUUUUUGGUUCAUUAAUGUAAAUUUUGUUGAUGAAGCUUAUUUGUA